AUGGCUUCCGGGUGGUUUGGAAAAGACAACGCGCCUUCGCGUCGGCCGGACGUGCAGAUUCAGAUAGCAGAUCGCGAGCCAAACAACUUCUACUUGCCUAGCUCGAACAAGAGCACGCAGAGCACGCUGCCGCGCGCGCCUCCAGCGGGCUACGUGGAUCCUACACACUCGAUUCCCCACGUCCAGAACGCGUCUCUUUUUGAUGUGGGCAUCUUGAAGGACACGCUGGCACCGAGUCUUGGACUUCAUUCUGGGUUGGCCAUAAUAGCUUGGGGUGCUGCAAACUACACCGGACGCGUUGAAGCAAAAGACUGGCUGUGGCCUAGUGGACAGGUUGUCAAUGCUUGGUGGUCUGCCGUCGGACGCCGCGUGUACCAGGGACUUACACUCUCGCAAGCUCUUUAUCGACUCUCGUGGCAUGAGCGCCUCGUAUUGACCGGUGUCACACUCUGGGGUGGAAGGUUGUUCUAUCGCAUCGCACGUCGAUCGAUCAAACGAGGAGAAGAUGACCCUAGGUACUCCCAAGUCAAGCAAGACAAGGACUUCUGGGUCAAGUCGCUCUUUACGACGUUCUUGCCCGAGGCAUUCUUCCAGAUGCUCAUCGCCUUGCCAUUCACCGCGCCUUUCCGACACGAAGGCGCUGUUAUGAUGGGAUACCAUCCCAUGGUUCAGAUGGCUGCUGUAGGACUUUUCUCCACCGGCUUCGCUUUAGAGACUCUAGCCGAUUACCAGCUUGACCAAUACAAAGCUGAGGGCGGUACCGGUAUCCUGAAGGAGGGUGUCUGGAGCAUCGUGCGCCACCCAAACUACCUCGGCGACGCCUUCGUGCACCUCUCCUUCAUCGUCCUCCUCUACGGCUCCGACAUGCUCGCUCCAGUCGAGCUUCUAGGUCCAGUCGCAAACUACGUUUUCCUGCGCUAUUUCGGCGGUGACAACCAGAAGGAGAGCUAUCAAACGCGCCGCUACUCCGAAUCGCACCCAGCCAAGUUCGCUGAGCUGCAGAAGUUCCGCGAAGAGAAAAACGCGUUCUGGCCGACAACCCAGGAGCUCACAAACAGCUGGCUAUGGACUGUUGUUGGUGUUGGAGCUGCUACUGUGGCGGUCGAAGAACUCCUCAGAACCUUCCAUUAG